AUGGCAGUGACGUUCGCCGACGUGCUGGUGCGGUUCUCCCGGGACGAGUGGGGGCUGCUGGGCCGGCCCCAGAAGGAGCUCUACCGGACCGUCAUGAGGGAAAACUACCGGACCGUGGUGUCCGUGGGCCGGGCACAGGAACAAGACACUGGUACCCGCCCGUGGGUGGAGCUGGAGGAUGCCCGGGGGAGGGGGCCGGUGACGUUCGCGGACGUGGCCGUGCGCUUCUCCCAGGAGGAGCUGGAGCGGCUGAGCCCGGAGCAGCGGCAGCUCUACGGCGACGUCAUCUGGGAGAACUACAAGAACGCCGUGUCGCUGGGCGAGGACCUCGCUUUUCGUGGGGCCGCGGCGGCGGCAGGACGCCACCCGGAUGGAGAGAAGUACCACCGAGGAUCAGGAGGAAGGUGCCAAGAAUGCCAACCCGCGGGGCACGGCCCCUAACGACCCCGGAGGGAGGAAGGAGCGGCUCGCGAGUAUCGGGACGGAGACUCCGAGGGGGUCCCCAGCGGGCCGAAGGGGACCGCCUCCUCCGCCGGACCGUGCCGGGCUUGGGAAGAACCGUGGCCGGCAGCCCUCCCUCGCCUACCACCGAGGCCGGAGCCGGGGGGUCCCUCCCGCUGCCCACCGCAGGCUCCUAAGCUGAGGGAGCGGAGUGGCGGCCGACGAACUCGACUGGGGGUAGAACGGUGAUGACGGGGAGCAGGCCGGGAAAGAAGCAAGGCUCCCAGAAGAAAACGUCUGCCCCUCCUUCUCUCUCUCCUUCCUCAUCCGGAACCGUUCCAGCGGAGCCCGGGGCCCUCUGAGAGCGGGAGCUUGGCCACUGAAGCAUUAGACAUCUCCCUGGACUUUGGGAGCAGGGGGCGUCCCCCGAGUCGUUCCUUCGGCCCUCCGGGGUCCAGCUGGGUAUCAAGGGAGCACGUUGCCCAGUGGUGAUUUGACCCUUGAGCUUCCCCGACCCCUUUUCCCAUGGGACCCGGGCCAGCGGUCCCCGGCGUCCCCUGCCUUCGUACCCCAAAGACGACGCGUUCCACCUUCCAGCGGACGCCACGUUUUGCUGCAACCUUUGGUUUCUGCCCACAAAUCCCCCCCGUGGCAGAUUUGAAACUAACUUUCCACGGAAAGGGAGAGAUGCCUACAUAGACUCGGAGGGGUCGGGGCUGUGGGGGGAGAUCAGGAAGCGAAUUGGAGGAGGAGCUGCGGCAAUAAAGUGUUGACCCCCGUGUUC